UGUGCGUGCCCGCUGGGACCAGCGAGGCGGGGCAGCCCGCAGUCCCUCGCCGCUUUCCCCGCUGGCUGCUGCCGUGCGCGCCGCCCUCGCCCGCUGAUGCAAUCAGAGUCCGCAAGCGGCGGCAGUGGCCACGACGGCGGCAGCAGGCGGAUGGUCCGGCCCUGAGCCCGCGCAGUGCGCCGCCGCCACCCUGAGCUGCAGCCGUGUGCUCGGCGACCCGCGGGGUUCCAGCAGCUGCUCUGCCCGAAACGAGCGGUACCCGUCGAGAGCCUGCUCCGCCACGGCAGAGGUGGUCCCUGUUUGCCAGCAUGAUGAAGGGCUGUCAGAAUGAGUGCACAGCUGGAGGAUGCACAGGAGAAACAGCAAAGCAUGCAACACAAUCUUUCAAGGCUUCUGACUUGAUUAUUACCCCAGCUACAACUUUCAAGGAAAAACCAGAUCCCAGUGGUUUGGUGUUUGGAGCUGUGUUCACUGACAAUAUGCUGACAAUAGAAUGGUCCUUGGCUUCAGGUUGGGAGAAACCUUACAUUAAACCACUUGAGAACCUUUCAUUGCAUCCAGCCUCCUCAUCUCUGCAUUACGCUAUAGAACCAAGAGGACAGACAGAGGAGAAUCUGGUGCCAAUGCUGUGGCUCAAUGAAUACACAUUGUUUGAAGGAAUGAAGGCUUAUCGAGGAGUGGAUGGCAAAAUCCGCCUGUUCCGGCCCACCCUCAACAUGGACAGGAUGGCACGGUCAGCACGACGAGCAACUUUGCCAUGUUUUGACCAGAACGAGCUGUUAGAGUGCAUUCGGAAGCUUGUGGAGGUGGAAAAGGAGUGGGUCCCGUACUCAACUGCUGCAAGCCUGUAUAUCCGUCCUACCUUAAUUGGAACUGAGCCCUCCCUCGGAGUGAAGAAGCCGACUAAAGCCCUGCUGUAUGUCAUACUGAGCCCUGUAGGCCCCUACUUUGCAGGUGGAUGCUUCAGCCCAAUAUCCUUAUGGGCAGAUCCAAAAUAUGUGAGAGCCUGGAAAGGAGGAACGGGGGACUGCAAACUGGGAGGGAACUAUGGUUCUUCUGUUUAUGCCCAACAAGAAGCCAUGGAGUUAGGCUGCCAGCAGGUUUUGUGGCUCUACGGAGAAGAUCACCAAAUAACUGAAGUUGGAACAAUGAAUCUCUUUCUCUACUGGAUAAACGAAGAUGGAGAAAACGAGCUGGCAACUCCACCUUUAGAUGGCAUCAUCCUUCCAGGAGUGACAAGACAAAGCAUUUUGGAUCUGGCACGCAACUGGGGAGAAUUUAAAGUUUCUGAGCGAUACAUCACCAUGAGUGACCUGACAGCGGCCUUGGAAGAGAACAGAGUGAAGGAAAUGUUUGGCGCUGGAACAGCUUGUAUUGUAUGCCCUAUCUCGAAAAUUUUAUAUCAGGGCAAGCAUUUGCACAUUCCAACCAUGGAGAAUGGACCUCAGAUAACCACCCGUUUCCUGAAUAAGCUGAGUGAUAUCCAGUAUGGAAGAGAAGACAGCGAUUGGGCUGUGCUGGUGUCGUGAAGCUGGAGCAGUUGAGCCCCUCCGGACAGAACAGACAUGAACUAAGACAACUCCUGUAGCUGCCUGUGUGUAGCAUAGUCUCCGUAUCAGUUUCCUCUCCUGGAUGAUUGUUUCCACAAUCUGGUGAAUGUGAACACAAUCAUUUUGAUUUCUACUGUAAUCCUAUUAGUAGAAGCCUAUAUUCUUAGUAGAGGUGCUAAAUGUUAGCAAUAGAACUUUCCUGAUGGUUUUCUUAGUGCCUCCUUGUGUCUUACGUACGGUCUGAAAACUUGUAAAAUGCUCUUCAACUGCUCUUCAGUUUGAUUUGUUUUAACUGCCCUCACCAGCACAGCAUCUUGCCCUAAAACUCAAAGCUGUUGCCUGUUAGUUGGCCACAGGAUUUUAUUGACAUCGUUCUGCCUUUUCUCUGUUUAGGAAACAAUUAAUUUUAGCCACGUGCUCUUUUCUUUCAUCCUCUGCUUGUAUGGGAGGCUCCUGAGUUUGCAUAGCCCUCUGUGCUUUAGGCCAAAAUUCUCUGAAUCAGUCUGGCCUGCAAUAUGCUCCCUGUUGGCCUAUUGCCUUUCCCUCCGUGGGGAUGCACAGUGGCUGGUU